CGGUUCUGGACGUUUUUGUUCCAACUGUUUUUUUCUUCUUUUUUUUUUUGUUUGAACCGGUUCGGCUCGUUUAGACCCGGUGAUUCUGACCCGGUGGCUGUGACCCGGUGGCGGUGACUCGGUGGUGACCCGGUAUCGGUGACCCGCAGGAUGCAGAAGGGGUUGAAGAAAUACUUCGUGAACAUGGACGAGUUUCUGUCGAGUCUCGGUUUGUACCGGAAGAUGGUCGCACGAGACGCGUCCAGUCUGUUCCGCGCCGUGUCCGAACAGCUCUUUUAUUCUCAGAAUUAUCACCAGAAGAUUCGUCAGGACUGUGCCAACCACAUGAGAACCAACCGCUCCAACUUUGAACCGUUUGUGGAAGGAUCUUUUGAGAAAUAUCUUCAGCGUCUGGAGGAUCCAAAGGAGACGGUCGGGCAGGUGGAGAUCAAGGCUCUGUCCCAACUCUACAGACGCUGUUUCCUGAUUUAUCGUUACCCGGGGAAACCGCCGACGGCCAUCGCCGACGAAGACCACACCCAGAAGGUGUCCCUCUGUUGUUCUAUAAAUGGACACUACGACAUCGUUUACCCCAAGACUUUCCCCCAGACUGCAGCGCUCUGCCAGUCUCUGGUCUUUGAGGUCCUGUAUGUCGGGGUCUUUGGUCUGGACCCGUUGGACUUGGCUCAGGCUCUGGACCAGUUCAGAACCGGAGGCCGAAGGUUCCGGAACAGUCUGUCAGACCCGGACUACGACAGGGAGGAGGCGGAGCCAGGUGUGACCUCAGAGGAGAAGCCCCGCCCACCCGCAGAGGAGGCCCCGCCCCCGGCCCGCCUCUCGUUGCCUUAUAAGGUCCUGAAGUCCUUAGAUGGAGACGUGUAUCGUAACGUGGAGUUCGACGUGUGGCAAGACUCCUGCAAAGAGCUGCAGAAGACGGAGUACAUGGUGUUCGCUGGACGUCAGUAUUUCCUUGGAGACAAAUGUCAGGUUCGUCUGGAGCCGAAAGGAAAAUUCUUUAACGCUUUUAUCCAAGACGUGACGAACCACAACUCAGCGCUGACGGUUUUCAUCGAGGAACUGGGAGAGAAACAUCUUGUUCCUCUGACUGACCUGAAACCUGUGAACCCCGUCCCCGCCUGGAACGUGGCUCCGAGUCGCAAAGACCAGGACCCGGACUCUCGGGGGCACAGACACAGGCAGAGGUUCUUCAGGAAGGUCCGGGGUAAAGGCUCGGACCUGGUUCUUGCGCCUCCUGCCUUCACAGGUCAGAACCAGGUCCUCCCGCCGCGCUUCCAGCACGCCCGCCCCCCGCCGCCGCCCUCGCCCACCGCCAUGACCUACGACCCCUACGCCCCGCCCCCUCCGCCGCACCACCACCCCAGAGGCCAGAGGUACGCCCCCCCCAGGUGAGACGCGCCGGCGCACCCGCUGCACCUGCCGCACCUGCCGCCUCUCUUUAAACGUGCGUCUGUCCGUAGCUCCGCCCGCUUCCUCAACCGCCACCUGAUUGGUCCACAGCUCACCUACUACCACCCGGGACGCCGCUACUACCACGACUACGACGGCUACGCCCUCCGCUCACGCCGUGCUCGGCGUCAGGGUUCUAAAGAUGGUUCUUUUGGGUUCUCGUUGGACUCGGUGGACGACCCGGAGCUGUUCUUUCCUCUGGAGCAGAUCCCCCCGCAGGCCCCGCCCCCUGCGCACGGCCCCGCCUACAGACCUCCUCAGGCGCCGCCCAUCUCCCAGGCCCCGGCCCCAAACUCCAGCGCCGUUUCCUCCGACGACGACGGCGAGACCCCCGCUGCCCCGGAGUUCUCAGAAGACUUCAUCUACCCCUCACAAGAUUCGGGUUUCCAGACGACGACGACGGCGGUGGCGGGCGUGGGCGGGGUUUAUAACGAGCCCGGCUCCACUCAGGACGAGCAGGAGGCAGGAGCAGUGGAUUCUCCUCAAAGACCAGAUCUGAACUACAACUUCACCCAGCAGGUGAAGCCCAUGUUGGGUUCUUCUCCCUCUUCUUCGUCUUCCUCCUGUUCCUCCCCAGCCACGACUCACCCGCCCCCCAGACCAGUGCCGGUGCCCUCUGCUGCCCCAUGGAUGGUGAACGAGCUCGGUGAACCCGUCUGUGCCGUCGUGGCUCCGCCCCCUUAUUCCUACGACCCGAACGGCGCCGACCUGCCACGAGACUGCAGAGUUCUUCAGUAUUACUACAACCUCGGAGUCCAGUGGUACCACCAGAGCCUGUGGCAGCAGCAGACUUACUCUCCUCCUGAACAGACGUAUUUCCACCAGAGCUACAGCUCCUCCUGUGGCCCCAGCGCCUACCUGCACCCUGCAGAAGUACAACAACACGUCCCUCAGGCUCCUCCAGCCUCGUACCAGGACUGUACCCGGACCGAGGCCCCCGAAGACCUGCACCCAGCUCCUGGCUCCGCCCUGGACGCCCCUAGCCCCGCCCCCGUGUACCCCGACCCGCCCCCUCCCGUGUUGCACCUGACGUACGAGGCUCCGCCCACUCACCUGCACCACUCCACCUUCUAUGGCUGCCAUUGGCCCCCGCAGCCGGCCCCGCCCCCUCGCGUCUACUGCCCCGCCCCUGCCCCCUCCCACCUGGUCAGCUACAUCCCCCCGCCCCCCCCACUACGCCCCGGGAAUCUAACCCCCCCCCACUACACCCUGGAGUUCUGGGUCCCGGUCCGAGUCCCGGUCCGAGUCUGA